AUGGAUAACGAGGAAAAUUUAGAAGAGAUGAUGGGGGAGUGGUUGGAGUAUGCUGAAACUAAUUUGUCAAGUUCUGAUGGAGAAGAACAAGCGAAGGAAAGGAAAAAAGAGAAUACAGAGAAAGAGGAUAGUGAAAAAGAAAAGGGGAAAGAGGUUGAACGACCAGAAAAGAAGCAAAGGGUUGGAAAGAAAACAUCGAGCAUGUGGGAUCAUUACACUAUGUUGCCUGACUGUGAUCCUAAGAAGCCAGGGGCUGCUUGCAAUUAUUGUGGCACUAAUUAUGCGGCUGAUACAAAGUUGAAUGGGACUAGCACACUAUGGGCACAUGUGGAGAGAAAAUAUAAGAAGUGUCCUUCCAGUGACUGGGUUGAGCACAGUAAGAAGCAACAAUCAACUAUGGAUAGGUUUACUAAAAAGACAACAACCUGCAAUGAAGAAGAAGUCACUUCAAGUGGGCUGCCACUAAGGUUUAAUCAAAAUGAUGUAAGGAAAGUGAUCGAUGAAUAUAUCAUUAUGAAUGAGUUAUCCUUUAGGCACGUGGACGGAAAAGGAUUUCAAAGGUUCAUUAAACAUUUCUUUCCCACAUUUCAGUUCCCAUCAAGAUUUAUUGUUGCGAGAGAUAUUUACAAUGCGUUUCUAGAUCAGAAGAAAGAGCUGAAGUCAAUUUUGGUGAAGCACAGAGUGUUGUUGACCAUCGAUUGUUGGACAUCAAUCCAGAAUAUUAGUUAUUUGUAUUUGACUGCACAUUGGGUUGAUGAUAAUUGGAAAAUUCAGAAGAUAAUUAUCAACUUUAUCCAAGUUCCUAGCCAUAAAGGGGACUUGGUGGGGAAAGAAUUGAUAAAUUGUCUUAAUGAGUGGGGUAUCUCCUCAGUUUUUGCAGUGACGGUUGACAAUGCCUCCUCAAAUUACGUUACUCUUAGAAAAUUGAACGGGCACUUGUUGGACAAAGACAAUACCAUUCCAAUGAAUGGCGAAAUGUUUCAUAUGAGGUGGAACUCCACCUACUUGAUGUUAGAAUCUGCUAUAAAAUUCAAGAAGGCUUUUGAGAAUUUGGAAGCAGAUGUGAACUACACAAAGUACUUUGAUGAAGAAAGAAUGGAUGGCCCACCAACUAACCUAGACUGGGAAAAAGCAGUUGUAUUUGUUAACUUUUUGAGGAGAUUCUAUGAUCUUACUAAUCAAUUUAGUGGGUCAUUAUAUGUCACAUCCAAUCUAUUCCUUCCAGAUAUUUUGAAGGUUCAAGCUGAUUUAACUACUAGGGUUUCUAAUCCUGAUACUUUGUUAGGGGCUAUGGUAGUUAGUAUGAAAGAAAAGUAUGACAAGUACUGGGGAAGGAUUGAGAAGCUGAAUAUGUUGACAUUUAUUGCCAAUAUCCUUGAUCCAAGGUAUAAAUUAGAGGUUGUGAAUCGUGGUUUCAAAUUUGUGUGCACUUCAAGUGAGGCUGAAAAGAUGAUAAAGUUGGUGACAAAUACUUUGGCACAGCUGUAUGCUUUUUAUAAACAACAACAACCAUCUCAGUCAUCUCAAGCUCAACCAUCUCAAUCUCAGUCUCAACCGUCUCAGCCUGUUAUCAAUUCCACUACAGAAUCAUUUCUUCAAGGGCAACUACAACUUAGUGAUGACAUUGAAGAAGAUGAUCUUGAAUACUACUUGAGUGAUCGUCGUGAGAAGCUUGAUCCUACCUUUGAUAUUCUAUAA